AUGCGCACUUCUCCCACAGAAUUACACAGUAUGAUUGCUUCCUGGCCAUGUUCAAUUUGGGGUAUUGAUGUAAUUGGAACCAUUGACCCUCCUGCUUCAAAUGGGCAUCGUUUUAUCCUGGUGGCGAUUGAAUACUUUACAAAGUGGGUCGAAACUGAGUCUUACAAGCAGGUGACUAAGAAGGUGAUGACAGAUUUUCUAAAAAAACACAUCAUUUGUUGUUUUGGCGUGCCAGAGACAUUAAUCACUGACAAUGCAAAGAAUCUCAAUAAUGACAUGGUGGAUGGAUUGUGCGAGCAGUUCAAAAUCAAGCAUCAGAAUUCUACUAUUUAUAGACCGCAGAUGAAUGGAGAUGUGGAGGCCGCGAAUAAGAAUUUGAAAAAGAUAAUCCGUAAAAUGACUGAAAGGCAUCGUGAUUGGCACAAGUAG